AUCGUGUCUCUCUUGGUGCUCUUUUAUUCCUUGAAUCAGUGUUUGUCUUUCCUUCGCCUCGAAUUGUCGUCGCCAAGGAGAGGUUUGGGAAAGACCGUAUCGGUUGAGGAGUUGCAGCUAUCCGUAAAUGUAGUGAUUCUAGUGGUGAGGCAGAUGAUCCAGUCAGAACCAUGGUAUUACGCAAGUGAAGAUCAAUGUAUAUUCGCAACACAAAAGAGUAUCGCAGACAUUUGCUAUAAAACUCGAUUUAUAAUAGUGUGAGAUUAUUUGGUUGUAUCAGUACGUAAAGUCAAAUAACUCGGUCGGUUUCUCCUCUCAACAGCUUCAUGAGAUGCGUACCUAGGUAGCUACCUACCUACAGCUAUCGAUAAAUGUCGUAUGUAGACCAUUCAAAUUUACGGAAAUCGUUUCCGGACGACAGGCCAUCGCGUUCUCUUAUGCGCGAUACAGAAAUGGAGGACCAAGCUGGGACCGCGAACAACAUCGCACACUGGCUGGAUCAGUUGCAUUUGGGAGAUCCUGAAGAUGGAGAGCAUGCUGAAGGAGUGCAUACAGUCAGUUUGAGAGAUGCCUUACCGUCUUUCGUCACACUCCCAAUUCAGCCUGUCACACCACCCCGAGAUUCGGCGCUCAUAAACCGAUUCGUUGAGGUAUCACCGACUGAUACCACUUUCUCGGAAAACAAGAACGCCAUAUUCGACUCACCCCAGUCUAUACGAGAGAUCUAUUCAGUUGGUUCAGCGCGCCACAACAAGUACGCAGAAACCGAUGCGUCAUCCGUCGACGAAACAGACAACAGCAGUUUUAAAGACGGCCAUGAUGAGAUCAACGACGUGGACUCAACCUCACAUCAACCAACAUCUACCGUCAUUAGUGCCAGAAAGAACAUUCAACAACCCAAUGACAGGCUCGAGACUACCCGAACAGUGCCGUCUACGUUGAACCGUGUCUGUGUGCUCAGCUGCCUUCAAUGUGCAAUGAAAGAUCUGCCUUGCAGCCGCACAACUCCAUCAUGCCAACGCUGCAAUCGGAAUGACACAGCCGAGUCGUGUCUUCUACAGCGACGUCGCACGGCAGAUGAGAUGCUUUCGAGAGACAGAAACUUUUGCCGUACACCUGUCCUGCUUUUCCAGGAUGGGGAGACGGAAAACGGUUGGGCCAAGAAAGUAGCACUGCAAACACAGUUAUUGGAUGUCUGGAAAGCGAAGGAAGACCGAAGAAACUGGGUAUAUCCGAGCCUUAUGGACAGCAAGGCAGAUCACAAAUGGGAGCUGAAGGGGCAUCCGGGCGAGGGAAAAGGCAGGUUGUCGUUUGUGGAGAUGGAGGUGCUGAGAUGAUACGAUGAGUCGAUGAACCGACAUAUGCACACGUUCCAUGAUUUGAUGGUGAGGCUGUGAAAGAGGGGGGACGUUCACGUUCAAGCCAUCGUUUGGGAACAUUUUCGCGGAAUGGUUGAUGCUUGCUCUGGCCCUUCGUAUACAAAGCUUU